AUGUCAGUUUGUUCAAAUGUCACAUGUAAGGCGUGGAGUGGAAUUGAGUUGGGUUUCUCUGAUAACAGGUUAUCUUUUACAGGCUUAAUCAGAAUAGAAGAAAAGUUAAGAAGUGUGAUAGUAGAUAAAGGGGAAAAAGCCAGAUUUGUCUGUAAAAUAGUUACACAACCAUCAGAUAGUGAUAGAAUUCAUUUACAUUGGAAACACAAUGGCAAACUCAUUAACAAAUCUAAUCAUGCAAAAUACGUUUUAAAAACGGAUAAAAAUCGCAAUACUUUAGUUAUACGUAAUGUAAAUCAAAAUGACAGUGGUGUAUAUAUGUGUAUUGUAUCAGUGGGUAUUGAUAUGGACAUGUCCAGUGCUCAUUUAACUGUUAGAAGUGUUCCUGACCCCCCAGUUAAUGUUAGAUUGAAUACUUGUCAUGGUCACUCCGCAGAAAUUACCUGGCAACCAGGACCCAAUAAUGGUGACCCAAUCUCAAAAUAUAUUGUGCAAUUUAACACUUCCGAAAAUAAAGACCAUUGGUUUGAUUAUUUUGAAAAAUUUCCAGGAGAUAUGAACAAUGUGUUUGUGGAAAUGUCUCCGUGGGGGACAUACUCUUUUCGUGUUAUUGCUAAAAAUAGUGUUGGACAAAGUAAACCUAGUGAGUCAACUGUUGGAAAUUGUACCACACCCCCAGAUAGACCAGACGGUAAUCCCAAAUCUGUUCGGACCAGAACUGAUAAAAAAGGAAUGUUGGUUAUACAAUGGGAGCCUAUGCAUCGGUUAUUACACCAUGGACCAGCAUUCUGCUACCAUGUCUACUGGAGACCAAAAGGUAGCACCUACUGGGAGUCUGCAGUCGUAGCAGAUCCAUCUGUCAGCCAUUUUGAAAAAGAAGUUGAUGAUAUUUAUGGGUUAUAUGAAAUACAAGUUAAAGCUGAGAAUAAUCUCGGAGCAUCAUAUCAACCUGCUUUUAUUUAUCAUGGUCAUUCUGGAGAAGGAGAGCCAUUGAUAUCACCUAAAGAUUUUCGUGUAGACCCUACAUAUUCUGUUGAACCUCAUAUAGCUCAUUUUAUAUGGGAGGCUGUUGAUACUACAGAAGAUAAAAUUCGAGGACAUUUUCGUGGUUAUCAGUUGAGAUAUUGGCGAUCUAGUGAAGGUCGUUUUAAAAUGAAGAAGAUUGAUAUAUCGUUUGAUUUGAAGGAAGGAGACCAUGGACCUGAUGUUCGUGUAGCGUUAUCUAAUCUACCAGCCUAUACUGCUUUACGUGCUCAAGUUACCGUCAGAAAUACUCAUUAUACUGGUCCACCUAGUCAAACUAUAGACUUCUUCACACCAGAAGGAGAACCUGGUCCUGUGAGAAAUUUACAUACAGAAGCUUAUGGUAUGACAUAUGUUGUAUUAAAAUGGCUACCACCAGAUGAACCUAAUGGUAUAUUAAUAGGUUAUGGUAUAAGCUAUCAAACAGGAAAAAAGUUAGGAAAAAUAAGAGCUCUAAAAACACAGAUAACUAAUCCCUCAAAACUUGGUGCUCGUAUCACUGGAUUAGUUGCUGAUAAACAAUAUAGAUUUUAUGUCUGGGCUCGUACAGAGGCAGGGAAAGGGGAAUCCUCAUAUUUAGAUAUUAAAACAGCCGAUGGAAAAGGCGCCCGUAAUUAUUAUAGAUCUGAAAAUGGACAGUUAGAAAGUGCUUAUUAUCAUGAAACAUCUGGUUGUUCUCGGAAUAUAGUGUUUAUUUCUUCAUAUGUGAUAUCAGUGACUUUAACAUUCUACUUUGUCUUCCAUCACUGA